AAUUUGUUCGUUAAUGGGUUGUAGUUACUUCGGUGUUUUGUCAGUGAGUUGUUUUUUGUGUCAUGCCAGAUGACAAGAUUUGAUCGAAGUCGGAGCACACCCUGUCUUUUUACUAGAUUUUGCACUAUCUUCAGAGGAUUCUUUGAAUAAGGGUUCAAUGAAAGCCCGGAGAUGGCUGUGGAUUGUCUUGCAAAUCGUAAACGUUCUCUGUGCCCCAGUGAUGACUUCAGAUAAUUCAGGGAGCUGGCCCCCACAAAAUAAACCAAAUAAACUCAUAUCACGUCGAUCUGCUCUGUUUCUUUUCAUCAAUCUUUUUGAGUUUCUUUCUACUGCGGUAUAUUCUGCGUAAGUGGUAGUUUUCUCAAUCUGCUUGGCUUGAUUCCCAACCAUCUGACUCUCUUUACUUCUAUUCACGUUAUAAUUUACUCUUCCAUAUCUAGAAAAUUCUUAGGAUUUUGACUGAAAUAUUUGAUUAAGGGACUCCUGACUGUAACCUCGGUUACUAUGAUACUUUACUUUUGACCUUCUGAUUAUAAUUAAUGAAUGUUUGCCUCAACAUAAAUAAUUGGUUCAGAAAGCAUGUCUCUGUAGAAUAGAAAUGACUCUCAACACUAGCGGAGAAUUUGAUGAAAUGGGCUCUUUUGGUGGCGUUGCCGUAGGUUCGCCUCAGUUAUUCGGCAGGACGGAUGAAGGUCAAGAUGCUUUCCGAGAUACAAAGCCUCGAAUCUUGCUAACUGGCAGACAGCGUUCGGGGAAAACAGCAAUUAACCGUGUAGUCUUUCAUAAAAUGUCACCUAACGAGACUUUAUUCCUCCAAUCUACAAGCAAAAUCCAAAAGGAUUCAAUCAACCAUUCUUCAUUUGUACGCUUUGAAGUUUGGGAGUUCCCCGGUCAACUCGAUGUAUUGGAUGCCAGUGUUAUCGAUUCAGAGAAAAUUUUCUCGCAGUGUCAUGCUCUCAUCUAUAUUAUUGAUUCCCAGGAUGAUUAUGCAGAUUCCUUGGAUAUCAUGAGAGCCGUGGUCACAAGAGCUUAUUCAGUCAAUCCUAAUAUCAACUUCGAAAUUUUUAUUCACAAGGUAGAUGGGUUGAACGACGAUCAUAAAAUCGAAAUACAACGAGACAUAUACCAUCGAGCCUACGACAAACUGAAUCAAGACGACCAAUCCAAUAUCACCCUCUCAUUUUCUCUCACUUCUAUUUAUGAUCACUCGAUUUUCGAGGCCUUCAGUAAAGUUGUACAAAAGCUUAUUCCACAAUUAGCUACUCUCGAGCACAUGUUGUCUAUAUUUGUCGAAAACUCAGGCAUUGAUAAAGCCUUUUUAUUUGAUGUGGUAUCCAAGAUCUACAUAGCCACGGAUGCCUCAGCGGUAGACAUGCAGACAUACGAAUUAUGCUGCGACAUGAUUGAUGUCGUGAUUGAUCUGUCAGGAAUCUACAGCAAUGAUGCGAUUCUGGAUGGAUUGGAAGGUGACAGUGGCAGUGUUAAUUCAGGCAUGUUUGAUUCCUCCACUCCUCCCAACUCGAAUGGAGUGGCGAUGGGCAGUAGCGUGCCCAACGGAUCUCCAAAUAUGGGAAUGGUUCAAGCCAACGACAAGGCUGCCAAUGGUAUCUUACUAGAUGAGGGUGGAUCAUACGACUACCAGUCGAGCAGUGUAAUCAAACUGACCAAUGGAAGUGUUAUGGUGCUAAAAGAAGUGAACAGAUAUCUUGCCCUUGUGUUUAUCAUGAGAGAUGACCACUACAAUCAAAAAGCACCUCUGGUUGACUACAAUUUCUUUUGCUUCCGGGGAGGAAUCCAGAAGGUGUUCAAAGCCACCAACCAAGCUGCCCUGAAGAGACGAAACCAACAGAAACAGAAAAGUGAAAACUUGUCUUCUCGGCAACAAUCACCCCGGAAAAUUCCGUCUCCCGGCACAAGUCCACUGCCUAUAGACAACAACGCUUAUAUCAACUGAAAAAUUGCUGAAUUUAAUUUAAUCUAAUUUCCCAAACGCCCAUUCAUCGAUUAGUCACUCAAUCAAAGAAAUUAUAUUUCGCUACACCUAUUUUGAUUAUUUGUAAAUCUCAAUCCUUUGUUAUCGAUGUAAUGGUAUGUUUUUCAAUUGUGAUGCAAGAGAUAUCUGUAGAUAUGAUACCCAUACUUAGAUAAAUAUUUCUUCCAAAAAAAUUUGAUUAUUGUAGUUAGAUGGAAUUUACAUCAGUAAUAGA